GAGGAUACGCCGUACCGUGAGAGGGCGGGACUAGUUGCCUGGUAACCACUCAAACAUGGUGUGAUGGCAAAGCGGAAGGGUUUGACAAUUAAAUCUAACAAGCUGGUGAUGGUGUCAGCUGCUUUUCAAGACCACAUCACACAAAGGCUAUUGCAUCUAUCACUUUCUGAUCCUUUGCUGCAAUGUAAAAGAAAAGCACAUAGAAAUCCACAAGCAAGAGGAAGUGUGGAGAAGAAGCGUCUGCAGACACAAGAUGGACAAGAAGAAAGAGAAUAUGUGCUUGAUCCUGCUCCAUACCCUUUAACAUUAGCUCAGAAGAUGGGUUUGAUGGCUUCUCCAGGAGAGAGGCUGACAGAGGGCGAAUGGGCUCUGGUUAAGGCGAGGUCUGUUGCACAGGAGGAAUCAAAUCAGCCCUGUGCAGUGUGCAGGGAGGAGUUUCGUCUUCAGACUCAGGUGUUGCUGUCCUGCUCUCAUGUUUUCCACAGGGCAUGUUUGCAGGCCUUUGAGAGGUUUUCUGGGAGGAAGUGUUGCCCUAUGUGCAGAAGAGAGCAGUAUGAAACACGAGUGAUACACGAUGCAGCUCACCUCUUCAGACAUCAAUGCGCUACCAGAAUCCAAGCAUGCUGGCGAGGCUAUGUUGUUCGAAGGCAGUACAGACAAGUGAGGAAAACAAUCUGCCCAAAAGACAAAGAGCUACGGCGCAAAUUCUUCGAAGCGAAGUUGCAGGAGCUGAAUGACAGCUUUGUCCAAUACUGUCACAGCAACACGGAGGCUUUUCUGAGUGAUAUUGACCGCUCCCUGUCAUCAAGCAGACAAGUGUUCCAGCAGCUGGAAAGGAGGAGGAUCGCUGAACCUCGUGAGGAUGACUGGGACCGAAUACAGAGCCAGGUUAUCCAGAGAGGUGUCCAUGAUUGUCCCAUCUGCCUGACAGCUCUGUGCAGCCUGAGCCUCCCAUCAGAAGCUGGUAGAUCCAACUAUCAGCAAGACAGGCACAUCGUGCUCCUGUCCUGUUCCCACCUAUUCCACCAACUCUGUUUAGAGGCCUUUGAGGCCUUCACUGAAGACAGCAGACCUUCAUGUCCCCUGUGCAGAUCCUUCUACCACAAGAAACUCAUCUAACCACAUACAAAUGUAUGCAAGGUAACAUUUUGGUUAAUGCCAUGUAGUAAUAUUUGUAAGCCUGAGUCUACCCUUUACUCUAAGUAAAAUAAUUCAAUUGUCUUAAAGUGACAAGAUUGAAUGAAUAUUUCUGCUUUGGGGGAAUACACAUCAAUUUUCAUGCUGUGUAUGUGCAUUAAAUAAAGAGUUGGAGGGAAUUAUUAGCUUAGUAUAAAGAAGCCUGUCUCUUUCCAAGUAAAGCUCUCUGAACAUAUUGUGUUUCUUACUACAUACAGUAAAUAAAAAUACAUGUAAA